GCUGGUAAAAAUUCGCAAUAUUCUUUAUUGUUAUCAGUGGAAAGUUCAAGUUCGGAUUCGGAAGUCAGCAAAGCGUCAGACCGGAAGUCAAGUGUAAGCAGCAGACAGCAGCAGUCAAGUGUUGGCAUUGAAUUGCGUGAACGAGCAUCUACCGCAUCUGUUCCUAUUCCGUUUGAAUCAGCUAACGGCCGUCACUGCGCUUGGUAA